AUGGAGUCCCCCGCCAUCCCGGUCCCGCUGGAUCCGCGGGAGCAGCCCAUCCUCGAACGCCUGCUUCGAACCCGCGACUCCCUCCUUCUCCUCAAACAAGACAAGUCAUCCUACAUAAAGUCUCGAGAUGUCCUACCUCUGUACGAGGAGGUUAUCGGAGAAGUAGAGAAGCUCAAUGCGGCUCGUAAAGAGCAGGACCGCCGCUUGACCCAUAACCGAUUGGAUUAUGUGUUGGAUGAUUGUUUCCAGUUGAUUUCUUUGCUCUUCCUAACAGUAGGCAAGAAUAAUGAGGCUCCGGCAGUGUACUCGCUGGCAACAACCAUCCAGCGUCUGCUCGACCACCUUGAAGAAGCUGGAUUUUACAGCUCGAAAGAUUUGAAUUCAAUCACAAAGACCCUCGAAUCCAUGCGGGAGACCCUAGAGCGCGGUCGCAAUACAUACUCACCAGCUCUUCUUACUCUACUUGAAAGUCGAUUAGAACAAUGCCAGAUUUCUCUGGACAAAUUACAGAAAGGACUAGCGGCCUUGGCUCCACCCAUGGCCCAGACCCACGAGACACUAGUUUCUAUCUUGCGUUCCACCUCCGCAGUCAACACCCGCUCAAAGUUCUCGGCUUCGGAAGUCAACAGCCUUCGGGAUCAAUUGAAAAAGAUCGAGAGCCAGAUGAAGGAUGGAAAUUUUGUGGAUUCCGAGGGUAAUAUUCUCCCUGGCCAGGACGACAUCAAAUCUCUGAUGGAGCGAUGCUGGCGUUGGACGGAAACUGUUCUUGAGCGCCAAGGCAAAAUCCUGGAGCGCUUCCAGGAGCAAUAUGAGCGCCUGCUUGAAAUUCGCAACCAGCUAGACCGACUGUCAGUCACACAGGCCUGGUCGCUUCGAGAGACAGAUCUCUUUGGAUACCAGCGCAAACUCGAUCGAAUUGACGAGGCCCGUGUCAAUGGCAACUUUGUUGACGCCGAAGGACAACCUGCUGAUCUUCACGCGCAGAGGACCCUGCUGUACCUUAUUCGACGAAGCUACGCAUACAUCUACGCCCUUUUGAUCUCGUCCGAGCCCGUGUCCGAGGCUUUGCUACCGGUCUACAACCAACUGCAGACGCUUCGUCGCUGUCUAAUCGAGGUCAAGGAGUCUGGCGGUGUGUCAAACUCGAGAGAAUUGUACCCCUACAGCAUGAAGCUCAAUUCAAUUGACAACAUGCGCGUUGACGGAAAAUUCUACGUUGGCCCCGACAUUCCUGAAGGCCAAGGAAGCGUAAACGCCUUGCUCGCAGAAUGCUAUGAUUACGUCUGGGAACUGCGAGCCGCCGUAGCAGACGAGGAAAACCAGUCCUAG